AUGAGUGCCAGUGAUCUUCAUCUCUGGUUAUCCUCGCAACCGCACCCAGUCGCAGGCUAUAGGCUGGAGGAUGUCUUAUCAGCCAUCCGGCUUCGUACUGGUUCUCUGGACAUCUUCCCAGAGGACUUUAUCCGAAUGACGACCCCGAACUUCCGCUCUGGAGCUUACUUGAAGGAGCUUGCGAUUUCCCGCUCUUUCUUGCCAUACCUCUCCUACGAGCGACCGCUCAAGUACGAGGUGGCAUACCGCCUGAGCCAGCUCUUUCUCUUGGAGCUGGACUUCAUGAGCCGCUUGCGCUUCCAUCAGAAGCGCUUGCGACAGGUGGCAAUCACCGGCGUGAACAUCGUGAAGUUCCUAGACAUGGAAGAGGGCUUUUGUGCAGGCAUGGGAGGCCUUUUAUCGGCGAUGGGCGUGCGCCACGUUUUGUCCAAGGGCGUCGCGGGCUACACUCGGCCGCUGGAACCCAUGCUUUGCGAUGCCUUGAUGAAGCGCAUCAACCCCACGGAUGCGGCUUUCUUUCCUGCUGACCAUCUAGGGCGACUGAUCGACAUGCCGCUUCCCUCGGCUACUCAAUACUACACUUGGGCCGAGCGGAUGGAGCGCAGUCCGCUGACCGACAGCUACAUCUUCCGUUCUACCAGCCCAGCGCGCCUUUCCUUCGAGAGCCCCUUGCUUGAGCCAAGCCCCUCUUCACGGAUCCGACCGGCUUCACCCAGAGCUAUGUCACCCACGCGGCGCAGCAGUCCCUUCAUGGAGCCCUUGAGCCCCAUGAGCCCAGUGACACCAUUGCCGGACUACCUCCAGCCGGACUCCCGACCGCCGCGGCACUUCGGGUCAAGAGAUUGGGAGUCAAAAGACUGGAAAGCCCGAUCGCCUUCCCCUGCUCGUCGACACUAUCUCUCGGAGCUGUCCACCCAGGACCCCGGCUUGUCAUCCUUCGAGAGAAGUCUUGCAGACACCUAUGUCUCAUCGCCUGUGCACUAUUCUCCACGCACUCCGCGUCCGAUGUCUGCAGGCAUUGCUGCUGCUGCAUCCCCUGGCGCUUCUCCAUCUUUGGGAAGUCCGUUGCCACGUCGUUCUUUGCACUUCCUGGACACGCAUGAGCAGCGGGCUGUGCAGCAGACGCUGAUGGUGAUGACUCGGCAAGCCAAACUGGACUCCAUGGUGGAGGAUGCUAAGACACUUCUCCCGCCCACCUGCACAGUGGAAGAGAUCUUCAACGAGCUGGACAUGAUGCGCAACGGCUACAUCACGCUUCGGGACAUCCGCCGGUUCAUGGCAGGCUUCGGCUUCACAGCCAAGUAUGCCAGCUUCACCGGCCUCGUCAAUGACCUCCAUAUGCGCCGCAAGGUCUUCCAUCAGCAUUCCGUGCGAGGUGCCAAGCCUCUGGAGUGGAGCGGCCUCAGUGCCCUGCUGCCUCCGGAAAGCUUGGACCUGCGCGACACGACAAUGCUCACGUUGCCCUUCACCGGCGAGGGGUGCAAGGCUGUAAUGGCUUGCAACACCGAUGCGGAGGCUGCCUCAGUGCUGUACUUGCUGCGGAAAUCUGUGGCUUGCCCGACAUGCGGGACGCGAGCCCAGCGU